AUGAGGGGCUCCUGUCAUCUCUUGAUGAUUGUGGACACUGAGGGUGUCUCCUCUUCUCCCCUCCAGCAGGUUUCGGAGUCCAGAGAAGAGGUGGAUUCGGAGUUCCCCACCGGAGAUGAGCCAAAGACGGAAUCCGAGGAGCGGCAUGACGAGCGAGCGGAAUGGUGGGCGGAGAACGUGGUCACACUGGACAGCACAGAGAGCGAUCCAGAGAUGGCGGAUAGUUCCCUGUCCUCUGAUCCGGAACCCCAACACGAGCCACUUGUGUUCACGGAGGUCUCGCAGACCGUCACCUUUCUGGAAGACACGGACAGCCAGGAGGGCGACCCCGGGGCCCCGGAUCAGGAGUCAUUAACGGAGGAAGACAGCGGGAACGCCGAGCCCCAGAGACAAGUCACCACUGCCAUCGGAGGGACAGCAGACGGGGAGCCGUGCCACUUCCCUUUCCUCUUCAUGGAGAAAGAGUACGACGAGUGUACGAUGGACGCAGAAGAACAGGCUAACAAGAGGCGGCAGAUGCAGGAAGCGGAGGACCUGUACCAGCUGGGCAUGAAGAUUCUCAAUGGGAGCACAAAGAGAUCUCAGAAGAAGGAGGCCUUCCAAUACUUCAUCAAAGCUUCAGACAUGACUCAUGUGAAAGCAAUGGAGAAGGUGGCUUAUGCUUUACUGUUUGGGGACCCCGUAAAGCAAGACAUCCUUGCAGCUAAAGAUCUCCUGGAGAAACUGACCGAGCAAGGAUCCCCCAGAGGACAGACGGCUCUGGGAUUCCUGUACGCCUCGGGGUUAGGGGUGAACAGCAGUCAGGCGAAGGCUCUGGUCUAUUACACGUUUGGAGCGUUGGGAGGAAAUCUCCUCGCACACAUGGUUCUGGGUUAUCGGUACUGGGCCGGGAUCGGCGUGCUACAGAGCUGCGAAUCUGCUCUCACACAUUACCGCCUGGUGGCCAAUCAUGGUGAGGAUUGUAACAAUAUGAUGGACUAA